AUGUCUACUGAAGAAUACGAUGAUUUGGAUGAUUUACUGAUUGAUGAAAACCCGACUACGUUAGAUACUGAGACUAAACUAGAUUCAGAAAAUAAAAACCCUAGUCAGUCCCAGGGGAUUGAUUCGACUCUUAAAUCUAAUGAAUCAGAUAAAAACGACCCGCAAGUCCAACAAAUGAUGACUGAACUUCAGAGUGAAUUUGCUAAUCUUUUGAAGCACCAGGAAAAUGUAGAUGGAGUUGAAGGUAGUGUGGAUAAAGAAGCUAUUGAUAAUUUUAAUAACCUCAUUGGUGCCUUAGGUAAAGCCAGCACCGCCGAAGAAGAGACUACGACUAGUUCAAAGGAUUAUUCUAUGAAGAACGGAAUUGAUGGUGCAGAUUUUAAGAAUGUUAUCGCUAAUACUUUGGAUAGAUUAAAAGAGAGUGGAAGUAAUAUUGAUUCCAGCUUAAAGGAAGAGAAAGCCGCAGAACAAGGGUCUGACGAUGUACUUUCUCAACUUUUAAAUCAGCUUGUUGAUGGUACAGGAGAAGAAGAUGGUAUUGACUUUAAUGAUGAUGGUAUGGAUAAUGCUAUUUUAAAUAUAUUAACUCAAAUGUCUUCAAAGGAAGUCCUAUAUACACCAAUGAAGGAGAUGAAAGAUGAUUUUUCAAAAUGGUUCGAAGAAAACGAGACAAAGGAUGAACAUCAAGAUAAGAUGAACUUAUAUAAAAAACAAUAUUCCUUGGUACAAGAAUUAGUCUCAUUAUAUGAAAGGGAAGAUUAUGAUAAUAAACUUUUCCAAAACGAAAUUACAAAUUUACUUGAUGAGUUAGAACAGUUAGGUGAUUCUCCUGUGGGAAAAGGUUUCAAUAACAGCUCUGUCAAUGAAGGUGGACUCGAUGACCUUGCUAAGAUGUUGCAAGUAGAUGGAGACGAUCAAAGUAUGGGGAAUAUUGACAAAGAUAUUACUGAGAAUUGUCAGCAGCAGUAG